UGUUCGACGCGUCUCUGAAUGUAUCCGCCUCGGUCCCCACCUCAGCCUUCGCUGCGCACGCCCCUCGUAUUUCAGGGCUUACCGUGCCCACCACCUGACUCCGCAUGUUUGCGUCUGUUUCCUCCCUCUCUGGCCCUGUGUUACCCCAUCACCCGACUCUGGCCACCGACCUCAGGGCCGAAGGGGAGGGGGUGUGCAUAGGAACGCCUUGCGGAGUCCGCCCCGUCCCCCGAGGGGAGGGGGCUUGUACAUACUGUAAGAUACAGAGUAUAGUGAAUAAUCUAUUUAAGGCGCCGCAGGGAGGGCUGCACGGCCGGGCUUGUGGUUCUCUGGCGCGGCGGGGCCACCUGCCAGCUCCGCGGGCACUUUCUACUUGUGCAUGGGCUUGGUUUAUACGAAUUGCCAUUAAACAUCGCUGCACCAGCAAGCCUCCGGCCUCUGUCUGCGCGGGAGGGGUGGGGCAGGGCGGGGCCUCGGCCGGCUGGAAGCAGCCACGCGCCCCGGACCUCGCAUCUGCGCCCAGGCAGGGAGGGUGCGGAGUUUUCCGCCUCCGACGUGUUUCCGGCCUUAAAGGCAUUCCGCCCUUCCCUUUAAGACGCACCGCCCCCCUCUCAGUCACUCCCAAGAUGGCGGACCUACUGGGCUCCAUCCUGAGCUCCAUGGAGAAGCCACCCAGCCUCGGUGACCAGGAGACUCGGCGCAAGGCCCGAGAACAGGCUGCCCGCCUGAAGAAACUACAAGAGCAAGAGAAACAACAGAAAGUGGAGUUCCGUAAAAGGAUGGAGAAGGAGGUGUCAGAUUUCAUUCAAGACAGUGGGCAGGUCAAGAAAAAGUUUCAGCCAAUGAACAAGAUAGAGAGGAGCAUACUACAUGAUGUGGUGGAAGUGGCUGGCCUGACAUCCUUCUCCUUUGGGGAAGAUGAUGACUGUCGCUAUGUCAUGAUCUUCAAAAAGGAGUUUGCACCCUCAGAUGAAGAGCUAGAUUCCUACCGUCGUGGGGAGGAAUGGGACCCCCAGAAGGCCGAGGAGAAGCGGAAGCUGAAGGAGCUGGCCCAGAGGCAGGAGGAGGAGGCAGCCCAGCAGGGACCUGUGGUGGUGAGCCCUGCCAGCGACUACAAGGACAAGUACAGCCACCUCAUCGGCAAGGGAGCAGCCAAAGACGCAGCCCACAUGCUACAGGCCAAUAAGACCUACGGCUGUGUGCCCGUGGCCAACAAGAGGGACACCCGCUCUAUUGAAGAGGCCAUGAAUGAGAUCAGAGCAAAGAAGCGUCUGCGGCAGAGUGGGGAAGAGUUGCCACCAACAUCCUAGGCACCCCGCCCAGCUCCCUUUGACCCCUGGGGCAGGGCAGGGGACAGGGAGGGACAAGGCUGCUGCUAUUAGAACCCAUCCUGUAGCCCCACCUCUGAACCGCCUCCUACCAGCUGUCCCUCAGGCUGGGGGAAAACAGGUGUUUUAUUUGUCACUGUUGGAGCUUGGAUGUGUGUGUGUGUGUGUGUGUGUGUGUGUGUGUGUGUGUGAGUGUGAAUGCACAAGUGGGUAUUUAAUCUGUAUUAUUCCCUGUUCUUGGAAUUUUCUUCCCCAUGGGGCUGGGGUUACUUUACAUUCAAUAAAUACUGUUUAACCCAA